UGUAGUGAACACAGAAAGUGUUGAGGAUGAGAGGCAGGAGACGCAGUCCAGAAGAGGAGCAUUUUACCAUAAUCAGCAACAAUUAUGAUUAUAUCCAAACGAUAAUAAAUUCAAAAGUUGCAAAUGGAAAGCGAUGGCCAGCGAGCGAAACGGACUAAAAUGCGUUUUGAAAUCAUGAGCAAGGUAAAAUUGUGCGCGUCGUUAUGUAUAUGUCUUGGAUUAUUUACCUGUAUAGGGCAUAUAAAGUUGGAUGUAUCAUUGUUUUAUGUCCAACAACCCACUGAACAGCCUGGAGUUCCUGAAAUUUUAUUUUCGAGUGCAGAUAACCAAAAGCACACGCCAAUGAGUGCGGGGUUGCGCGAUGAAAAAAGUUUAAAUUUUUCCUCUCCAAACAAACUGGAUAACGUUACUGAACACCGAGUAUUCUGGAGUGCAUGGCUGGACCGUCUUUCCACUACUGUUUUCAAUGAGGAGCAUCAGAGGAACUGGAGAGCGCAGGUUCGGGACGCGCGGGUAGUUUUACUGGAAGCGGGUUGCGGCAGACCCACCAACCGUCUGGCCACGUUCGCUGAUGGUACCAGAGCGUGCGUGCGAUACGGCAUCGACCCGGAUCAAGUUCUGGGCGAAACUCUGUCGUAUUAUCUGGCGACAUUACUUGGGAUUUCCAAUCUUCCGCCGUUGGCUCUCUCCAAAUUAAGCAUACCCGGUGAGCAGUGGGCAAGUGUUAGAGAAAACAUCGUGGCGCUGAAAUGGUCUCCAAAUGCAAUUGUGUCUCUCACGAAGUUCAUACCGAACGUUACUGGAGUGUUUAUUCCGUUACCUUUACGAAAACCACAAGGAAUACAACUCACCCCCGAGAGUGUAUCAAAUAUGACAAUACCAAAUCUUGUAGAACUAAUGCAAUGGACUGAUAUGAUUUUAUUUGAUUAUUUAACAGCCAACUUCGACCGCAUUGUAAGUCACAUUUUCAGCCUCCAGUGGGACGCGCGCGUAAUGGAGAGGACCACUAAUAACCUCCUGAAGACUCUGAACGGAGAUUUGGUUUUCAUUGACAACGAGGCAGGGCUUAUUCACGGGUACAGAGUGCUCGACCUGUGGGAAAGUUACCACAGAAUACUGUUGAGUUCGUCGUGUAUAUUUAGGAGAAGUACAGCGCGACGCAUAGCUGAGAUGAAGCGCUCCGGGAAUGCCGCAAAGUUGCUCUUUGAACUGUACCGCACGAGAGAACCGUUUGCACGCGAACUGGGCUCGCUGUCUGAAGGGCACUCGCUUACACUGCAGAACAGGAUUAAUGUAGUACACAAACAUAUUAAACAAUGCACCGACAUCACGUAGAUAUCAUUUGUGAGCUCGCAUUGUGUUACUUUGUUAUCAUGUCCUUCUCAUGUGAUUUUAUAGGCUACUGUAUACAGCAAAAAUAUUUAGUUUGUAUAUUAAAAUAUGACCCCAUAUCUUGGUGUAAAGAUAACAUAGUGGAAAGUAAUUAAAAAGUGAAUAAUAUUA